GGAAGCUGUGAUGACGGGUCCCAGCGAGGUACACAUUGAGGAAGGCUCCCACCUGGUCCUGGAGUGUUACGUACAGAAUGCGCCAGUCCCUCCUGUCUACAUCUUCUGGUACCACAACUACACUAUGGUUAACUAUGGCAGACAGGAAGUAUUGCAAGUGGAACAUCACAACUACACCAGUAGUCUCGUGGUGGAGCGGGUCAGGACCUCACAUGCCGGCACCUACAGCUGUCAACCACAUUUGGCAACGCCUGCCAACGUCACCGUGCACGUCGUCACAGACAAGCGUCCGGCCGCCAUGCAGCACGGAAGAAACCCCCCAGAGAGCAGCAGCAGCAGCAGCGGCAGCAGCAGCAAUGGGUCCUACAGGGAGUGGGUGAGCUAUCAGGCUAUAGUAGGCACCACCGCCCUGGUCCUUCUGCUCGCGACUUAUCUCUUUACGCCGGCGCCACAUACUUCCACUCACUAGAUCAACACAAACUAUUCUCUUUGAGAGGUUACCUUUGAUCUAGGCUCAUAGUAUAAUGUUUUAGAUUAGAAAACUGUUUUGUUUUUGGGGAAAUUAAUUAUAUUCAACUUGUUAAUGCUUGUGAGCGUGUGCAAGACUA